ACUACUUCUUCUCGAACUACCGCCCAGACGCUACUCCUUGCAUCGUAUUUGCACUUGAAGAAAAUGUGGAACAAGAAGCUUAUGUUCUUGGCAAUGGCGACCCUCUUAGCCGGAGGGACCUCCUCGGCUGCUCCGCUGGCCAAACAGGAAGACACUAAGCAGGGCUUCCAGUACAUGCCCGUCAAUCCCUGGAGUACACUAUACCCUGGUAUGAACUACGGCUCCGGGCCUGCCCUCCCGCCUCCAGGCUACCCCAACUACCAGGGAUUCGGUGCUGGCAGCUACAUGCGCCCAGGAGGCGUGGGCUUCCCUCUGCCCUACCAGUAUUUCCAGUAUCCUGCACCAGGGAUGUACUCUAUGGAAAACAAAAGACCGAAGGAGCAGUAGUUCACGUCACUAUCCAUCACGAAAUGUCGUUGGGUCGUUUCGUUCUAACCCUCACCUUAAGCAUUCAUUUCAUUCUAGAUUUAAUUAUAGUAUCAGUAACUGCACAAAGUUAUCGCCACAUUAGCAACCCAUUCUAUAUCUUACAUAUCAAUAAAUAAUGUGUCAGUUGUGUCUUUUAAGAUUUACUUGGAAUUAUGUUCUCUUAUGUCAUUCCCAUUUCACGUUGUUACAGCCUGUCUGUAUAUACGUACAAAUAAGUUGCAGCCAUAGUUUGAAAAACGGUAUUAGGCUCGGAACAAAGAUUCAUCCAUUUUGUAUUCAGUCAUUUACUACGAAAGUGGACAGCGAAAAUUUUGCACUCCAAAUUGCAUAAUUAACAUCGAUCCAUACGUUUUGAAUUAACGACCAAAUUUUCAAUAUAUUUCUUCCGGUAAUAACAAUGGAGACACGUUAGUUGUAAAUAUGUUUUAAUAGGACAACUGCAAAAGUCUUAUAUUUUUGGGCACUUUCAGCCUUUCUGUAGACUUAAGACUGAUAAUUUAUAAUUUAAUUUGCUAACGCAAUGUACAAAAUUGUAUUUUUUACCACUUUUAUAUGUAUGUAGG